AUGGUGCCAUUACCUCUCUUCAAGCUCGCCGCACUCUUUGUGCGGCACAUUUCCAAAUAUGGUGCCAACCAAAUAAAAGCUCAAGCCCACGAUCACCCCAAGUUCCGCGCCUUCGCCGCACGCUAUGGCCAACACAUACACCAGCUUAAUAUGCGCCUAUCGGUAGCUCUUCUUCGCAAUCCAGACGCCGAGCAACGCGCAAAAGAAAAAGCUGAGGCGGCGACUGUCAAGACGAAAGAACAGGUUGAAAAGGAGGAAGCCAAAGCGCUGAAGGCAAAGCUCGCAGCUGAAAAUGCCGAGCUUGCAAAGCCGAAAACCCCAGACUCUAUAUCAGCCUCCGCGACUUCGACUUCGUCAUCCUCCUCUACUUCCGGGACCAGCGGCACCAGUAGCACUGGCACCGGUAGUAGCAGCUCGACAAAAGAACGCCCCAGAUUCAAGAGUGUCUGGCGACGAAAGUUCCGCUCCCUCCCCGAAGCGAAGGCCGUCGACCUCUUCGCUGACGUUAUCGGCGAUACCUUUAUCCUCGGCGUCGCGAGCGCCAUUAUCCUCUAUGAGUACUGGAAGGCAUCCCAAAAACCUGACCAGAAUGCAGAGCGCAUUAAGGCUCUCGACGCCAAGCUCGAGGAGCUCACACGCCGCGAAGAGGCGCUCUCGCAAAAGGAAGAGGAGCGGACCAAAAGAUAUCAGGCACUUGAGGCCGCGCUCAAGGAGCUGAGGGAUCCCAAGACCAAGAAGCCUCUGUUGCCGAGCCUUCAACUAUUGCCGGCAUCGACUGAGACGCAGGAGACGCAGAAGCCAACUGUGUCGGCGGCGUAG